GCAGUGACGUCAACUCCGGAAAUGACCCGGAUCGAAACUUUAACUACACGGCUGACUUCUUCUCUCUAGAGCCAUCGAGGACUGUCGAAACAGGGUGUGAUAUCAAUUCAGACAUGUUUGUCCGUAUGUUCAUGAAGGAUACUCCUCCUUGGAUGUGAGUUGGUCCGCACAUCGGGAGGGAUUUAUUAUUCAUCAGACAGAAUUCAGGUGAAGGGGGGACUCUUCAGUCUAAGUGGUGCGGAUCACCCUGCUGACACUUUUUACUGGCGUCAGAAUGACGUGCCGUGACCGAACCGUCGAGUUCCAGUCGGCCUGUAAAUCCCUCCAGGGCAGACAGAAUGGAGUCCAGCCCAGUAAGCCAGCUCUUAAUGCCCUCAAGCAGCGCAGCGACUUCACACUCAUGGCCAAGAGAAUUGGAAAAGACUUGAGCAAUACGUUCGCCAAAUUGGAAAAGCUCACUAUUUUGGCCAAAAAGAAAUCUUUAUUUGACGACAAGGCAGUGGAGAUCGAGGAGCUAACUUACAUUAUUAAACAAGACAUCAACAGCCUAAACAAACAGAUUGCACAGCUGCAGGACUUGGUGAGGUCUCGUGGCGCUCCGGGUGGUCGACACAUCCAAACCCAUUCGAACACUAUAGUCGUGUCAUUACAGUCCAAACUGGCUUCUAUGUCGAAUGACUUCAAAUCAGUUUUAGAAAUCAGAACUGAGAACCUGAAGCAGCAGCGCAGCAGGAGAGAACAGUUCUCCCAGCCUCCCGCCUCGUCUUCACCUAUGAUGGCCAACAACUUCAGGAGCCGCAAAAAAGGGGCCCAGGAGCCGCAUGCAGCUCGCGAGCCGCGCAAUGACUACCAGGGCUAUACAACCACAAAUUUAAAAGAGAGCUCGGUCCUGAUGCAGGAUGAAUCUCGGAGCAUGGGCGACGUAGCCAUCGACAUGGACUCUCAAAGCAACUCAUUAAUGCUUAUUGACGAGCAGGAGUCGUAUAUCCAGAGCCGUGCAGACACCAUGCAGAACAUCGAGAGCACCAUCGUGGAGCUGGGUUCUAUAUUCCAGCAGCUGGCACACAUGGUUAAAGAGCAGGAGGAGACUGUUCAGAGGAUCGAUGCCAACGUGGAGGACACACAGCUGAAUGUUGAGGCUGCUCACACAGAAAUCCUCAAAUACUUCCAGUCCGUCUCCUCCAACCGCUGGCUGAUGAUCAAGAUCUUUCUUGUUCUCGCUGUUUUCUUUAUCAUCUUUGUCGUCUUCUUUGCCUAAAAGUAAAAAAAAAGAAAACCAGCUGGAGGGAGGGGGUGGAAGCACAUCAAACUGAUUGAGAUUUAAAAAGCUAGAGUUGGACCGAGACCCAAAGCUUACUGGAGAGACAGACUUCUUUGUAACGGUUUAACUGAGGCUUGGGGUUGAAAUGAAUACGGACCUUUUUGGUUGCCUGCAAGCCGUGGACUCUUGACUCAGCAGCUUGAAGGAGGAGGAGGUUGAACUCUGUCCAAAUAAAAUUGUGAAUGGAGCAAAAAGCCUGCUCUGCAUUCUACUUUGACCAACUAUUGUUAAACAUUUAUUCAAAAUGGCUGUAAUUUAAUAGUUUGAUUCUGCAAACUGUUUUUUUUUCUUCUUCACCCAUUUUAAUUAUAUAUUUUUUAAUUAUUUCGAAGCCAAACAAUAGAACUGGACUCUUUUCUCAUAUUAGUUUGCUUUUUUAUCUUCUUUUUGUUAGAAGAACUUGAGUAGAUUCUUAGUCCACCACUUUUCUUUAUAAUAUUGUUUUGUUUUGUUUUUUGUUGUUUUUUUUUUCAGUUAUGUUUUGUUUCUGAUGAAGUUGAUUUUUGCCAAAUGGGUACUCUUAUUAAACUGUGAUAUAAAGCUAAGAUGCUUGAAGGCAGAGCCGUCUGAACUGAACUGAGCUUGAGUCGCGCAGAGUGUAAAGUUAUAUUAAACUGGUAUUUUAAUCUAAACUAACUCAUCAGAUGCAGUCAGGAAGUGUUUUAAAACUGCCACGGAGUGGAUCGGAACUUAUGAAGGGGUUUUCUCUGGAUGGAGACGACCCUUAAUGAAGUGAUUUGAUCCACCAGAUUCCCUGGAAGUGUCUGGUUGGAUCUCUGUUAUCGUUUCUUCCCCUCCUUUUCCUCUUAAGACAAAUAUUUAAAUGACCAUUACUUUGUAAAAAAAGAAAAAAGAAAUGGUUUCUAUUUUCACCUUGUUUUUUUUAGCCAAAUGCCUUGACUUCCUUCAUUGUAUAUAGUGCAUAUAGGUAUGAUGUAUUGAAGAGAGAGUGCACAUUAAUAAAUAAUGGGAUGCUG